UUGGGAAACUUUAGUAAGCUUUCAAAAACUUUUGUGAACAAAUACCACAGAUGGAAACUCCAGUGAAGUUUUUCCAUCGACUCAAGCGCAGUUGUGGAAAUAUAAAAGCCGUUUUGAUCUGCUGUAGCUUAAUGUUCACUUUGGUUAUAUUUUGGUCAUGGGAACCGAGAGAAGUGUAUAGUUUUGAAAGGGAACGACAAAGAUUACUAUCACAGGGGAGAAGACAAGCUUCCAGUUCAGACUACAGUGCAAGUUCUCGAGAGAAACUGAAUAUGUCACUUUUAUGGUUGAGUCAGUUCAAGAGCGCGACAGGUUUUAGUACGGAAGCAUUUGCUUUUCUGGAAGGUUUGCAAGAACGGGUAACAGAUAUUGAUAUUUAUCAGUUUGAUGGCGAAAUUCACGAAGACUACGUGCGCAAUUUGAACGCAGAAGCCAAAAAACUGAUAGUGCGCCAUUGGAUGGAGGACGAGGAAAGUAAAUCAAACUCCCGAAAGAAAAACUCCAAAAUGUAUGACGUCAUAGUGUUUCACAGUGUUGCCCACGCUUGGCAACCUCACCUGUAUAAGAAUGGUUUAUAUCGUGUCGGUAGGACUAUGUUUGAAACCGACGGUAUUCCAAAGAUGUGGCAAACGCACUUGAACUAUGUGGAUGAAAUAUGGAUACCUUCUCAAUUUAAUUUCGAGACCUUUUCACGUUCCGGUGUGGAUCCUAGUCGCUUGCAUAUUGUGCCUCAAGCAAUAACGCAAUAUGCGUAUGACUUACCUACUGUUUUGCCUUUGAAGCUGCCUGCUCCGGUGACGGAUAAGGAUUUUGUUUUUCUUUCUGUUUUCAAGUGGGAACCAAGGAAAGGAAUCGAUAUUUUGUUGGAUGCAUAUUUUAGAGAGUUUGACGCUUCGGACCCUGUAUGUUUGGUAAUACUCACCAGAAAAGGAAAUAGCAACUCUUCUGUAUUUACGCAAAAGAUAUCUCGAUAUGUGGAUAGCUUGGGAAUUCCUUUAUACAAUCGAGCAAAGUUUUUAGUAUUAGAACCAAGUUUACCGACAGAUUUAAUGCCAAGUUUAUAUCGUAGAGCAAAUGCUUUUGUGUUACCCUCGAGAGGCGAAGGCUGGGGUCGACCUUUGAUGGAAGCAAUGCUUAUGAAUGUACCAGUUAUUGCAACCAAUUGGAGUGGAACUACCGAAUUCUUACGAGACGAUACUGGAUAUCCGAUUUCAGUGGAACGUCUCGAAGAUUGUUUAUCUGGAGAGUUAGAAGCAGCAGACCAACAAAUGUUUGGUGGUCAGCGUUGGGCUAGACCGAGUGCAAGUCAUUUGCGAAAGCUUUUCAGAUACGUGAUGGAUCAUCCAAUUGAAAGCUUGAAAAAAGCAAAAUACGCUCGCGAGCAGAUUUUGACCAAGUAUAAUCCUUAUGUUUAAGGCUAGAAAUGGAAGGAAAGAGAAGGAA